CUGAAAUAGGCUCCAGCACGCCUGCGAUCCUAGUGAGGAUAAGCAGAACGGAAGGUGAAUGAAUGAAUGAAUGAAUAAUCAGCAUCACUUAUGUUGUCUAAAUUUGAGCGUUGUUAGUAGGAACCGUCUUACAAAAACAAUUGUUGCUGCCCGGGGUCAAAUUACAGCAGGACAAAAACCGUGUUUCCAUGUUUCAUCCGGAGCGGAAACAUCGACGUUUGAGUGAGGUAAAUGGGAAUUACUAUUCAAACAUACACUUCUCACGCUAACAGUCUUUUUAGAAAUAUUACUUCCUUAAAUUACAUUUUGCUACCAAGUUGUAUGUUUGUGCAUAUUGCUUGUGUCGUGCUAACUGUGUUUGAAAAAGCCCAACAAAAAACAAAUGGCUAGCAGUAGCCGUGUAGACAUGGAUCCUGAUGUUGCUCGGAGGCUGUUUGAGGAGGGGGCCACCCUGGUGCUGCUGGGAGUCCCUCAGGGCACAGAGUUUGGCAUUGACUGCAAGAGUUGGCAGGUUGGUCCCCGCUUUCGGGGUGUUAAGAUGAUCCCCCCGGGGCUGCACUUCGUCAACUACUGCUCUGUCAAUCCACCGAGCUGUGGAGGGGAAAUUGGCCCCAAGACAGGCCUGUUCCUCAGUCUCAAACCUAGAGACAUCCUGUUGGCUAACUGGGACCCCAAAGAAGAGGAUCUGGACUUUUCUGCCUCCCAGAAUGAGGAGGAAGUGAGCAGAAUCAGAGCGAAUCUGCAGGAUCUGGACCCAUACCUCGGACCUUAUCCUUAUGAGGUGAUGAGGAAGUGGGUGUCCCUCACGGACCAUCUGAGUGAGGAGUUGGCCAACAGCUUGCAGCCUCUCUCAGGUGUAGUACGCGCCUACAGCGACGUGGUCCCCGAGGUCGAGUUCAGACACACCGAGGACCGGGCCCAGCAGCCCAGGAACGACACAGCCUGCCAAACCAUGAGGGAGGGGCUGGACAGGCUCCCCAAGAUGAAACACAGGGAGGGGACACAGUUGCGCUUCUCUGUCAUCCCGGAGAAGACUUACCCACCUGGCGCCACGCCCGCCCAGAUCACACAGUGCAGCCUGGACUUCACCUAUGCCCUGGAGUCUGUGCUCGACAAGAACCACCAGCAGAAGCCUCUGAACCUGUUAGGUGAGCUGCAAUUUGCCUUUGUGAUUUUCCUGAUGGGAAACGCGUAUGAGGGCUUUGAGCACUGGAAGCGCCUUCUGAGCCUGCUGUGUCGAGCGGAGGCGGCCAUGCAGAAGCACAAGGAGCUCUACCUGGGGCUCAUCGCCGUGCUCUACCACCAGCUGGGAGAAAUCCCUCCGGACUUCUUUGUGGACAUUGUGUCUCAAAACAACUUCCUCACCUCCACACUGCAGGACUUUUUCCAGUUCGCCAGCGGGCCUGGAGUGGACGCAGCGCUCCGCAAGAGAGCGGAGAAGUUCAAAGCCCACCUGACCAAGAAGUUUUCCUGGGAUUUCGACGCAGACAUGGAUGAUUGCGCCCCUGUGGUGGUGGAUCUUCCCGAGGGUUUUACUGUGGACUGACUUCACACUUAUUGAACGUUCAGCCAAACUUGGUAACCUUAUCUUUUUUUCAGGUUACAGCUAAGAAGCACGUAAUCGGUCUCAUCCUGGUUAGCAACUUUCUGUCUAUACAUAUCUUCAGGUGUGGAAUUUUUAUAGUGCAUAUAUGUAUUCUUUCAAGGACGUUUCCCUUAAAACUGCUAAGAGAAAUUAAUAAUGAAUCAAUCAAUCACUGUCUUUAAUAAUGUGUAAAGUACUAACUAAUGGUUAAAACACAUUGGGAAUAAUGGAAAACGUAUGAAAAGAUGUCUUAAUGUGUUCAGUGAUGCAGCUCAUAAACUGUACAGGAGUAUGAUCUGAUGGCUGAAGCAUCUUUAGAUGUAAACCUAAAUAAAUAAAUAAAAAAAUG